GGCGCGGGUGGCCGGGGUCCGCUCCGGCGUGCGCGCCAAGGGCCGUCCGCGCCCGGGCCCCGGGCCGCGCCCGCCGCCGCCGCCGCCCAGCCUCACCGACAGCAGCUCCGAGGUGUCGGACUGCGCGUCUGAGGAGGCGCGGCUGUUGGGCCUGGAGCUGGCGAUGGGCAGCGACGCCGAGUCGGCGGCGGGCGCCCCCCGGCCGGGCCAGCCGCCCGCGCCCGCGCCGCCGCCCGCGCCGCAGCCCCCGCGGCCGCCCGCCUCGCCCGACGAGCCGUCGGGGGCCGCGUCGUCGGCGGGCAGCAGCCGCCUGCCGCUCAGCGCCUCGCUGGCCUUCUCCGACCUCACCGAGGAGCUGCUGGACUGCGGGCCCGGCGGCUUCGUGCGGGAGCUGGAGGAGCUGCGCUCCGAGAACGACUAUCUCAAGGAUGAGAUCGAGGAGCUGCGGGCGGAGAUGCUGGAGAUGCGGGACGUCUACAUGGAGGAGGACGUGUACCAGCUGCAGGAGCUGCGGCAGCAGCUGGACCAGGCCAGCAAGACCUGCCGCAUCCUGCAGUACCGGCUGCGCAAGGCCGAGCGCCGCAGCCUCCGUGCCGCGCAGACCGGCCAGGUGGACGGUGAGCUCAUCCGGGGCCUGGAGCAGGACGUCAAGGUCUCUAAGGACAUCUCCGUGCGACUGCACAAGGAGCUGGAGGUCGUGGAGAAGAAACGUGCGCGGCUGGAAGAGGAGAACGAGGAACUUCGACAGCGGCUCAUCGAGACGGAACUGGCUAAGCAGGUGCUGCAGACGGAGCUUGAGCGACCGAGAGAGCACUCCUUGAAGAAGAGAGGGACCCGCUCCCUGGGGAAGACAGACAAGAAGCCUUCGGUGCAGGAGGACAGCGCGGACCUGCGGUGCCAGCUGCACUUCGCGAAGGAGGAGUCCGCCCUCAUGUGCAAGAAGCUCACCAAGCUGGCCAAGGAGAACGACGGCAUGAAGGAGGAGCUGCUCAAGUACCGCUCGCUCUAUGGGGACCUGGAGGGCGGCCUGUCGGCCGAGGAGCUGGCGGCCGCCCCGCACUCGCGCGAGACCGAGCUGAAGGUGCACCUCAAGCUGGUGGAGGAGGAGGCGAACCUACUGAGCCGCCGCAUCGUGGAGCUGGAGGUGGAGAACCGCGGCCUGCGGGCGGAGAUGGACGACAUGAAGGACCAGCCGGGGGCCGGCCCCGGGGGGCUGGAGGCGCGCCUGGCCUUCUCGGCGCUGGGCGGCGGCGGGGAGUGCGGGGAGAGCCUGGCCGAGCUGCGCCGGCACCUCCAGUUUGUGGAGGAGGAGGCCGAGCUGCUGCGGCGCUCAUCGGCCGAGCUCGAGGACCAGAACAAGCUGCUGCUGACCGAGCUGGCCAAGUACCGCUCGGAGCACGAGCUGGACGUGACCCUGUCGGAGGACAGCUGCUCCGUGCUCAGCGAGCCCUCGCAGGAGGAGCUGGCGGCUGCCAAGCUGCAGAUUGGCGAGCUCAGCGGCAAGGUGAAGAAGCUGCAGUAUGAGAACCGCGUGCUGCUGUCCAACCUGCAGCGCUGCGACCUCGCCUCCUGCCAGAGCACGCGGCCCAUGCUGGAGACGGACGCCGAGGCGGGCGACUCGGCCCAGUGUGUGCCCGCCGCCCUGGGCGACGCCGGCGGGCCCCACGCCGCCCGCCUGUGCCGGAGUAGGGAGGCCGAGGCCCUCCCGGGGCUUCGGGAGCAGGCCGCCCUGGUCAGCAAGGCCAUCGACGUGCUCCUGGCCGACGCCAACGGCUUCUCGGCCGGCCUCCGGCCCUACCUGGACAACGAGGGUGUGGAUUUCCGGCUGCACGAGCCCCCCGACAACAGCGAGGGGCCCCGGGACUCCAAGCUCCUGCACGCGCUGCUGGUGCGGCUGAGCCUGCUGCAGCAGGAGCUCAACGCCUUCACCAGGAAGGCCGACCCCGUCCUGGGCAGCGCCGCCAAGGAGCCGCCGGAGCCCUUCCCGCCGCUGCCGCCCCUGGGCUCCCAGGGGCCCUCCAAGGAGAUGCUUCUGGCCAAAGACCUUGGCUCCGACUUCCAGGCGCCGGACUUCAGGGACCUGCCGGAAUGGGAGCCAAGGAUCCGAGAGGCCUUUCGUGCCGGGGACCUGGACUCGAAGCCCGAUCCCAGCCGGAGCUUCAGGCCUUACCGAGCUGAAGACAAUGACUCCUACGCCACUGAGAUCAAGGAGCUGCAGCUGGUGCUGGCCGAGGCCCAUGACAGCCUCCGAGGCCUGCAGGAGCAGCUCUCGCAGGAGCGGCAGCUUCGGAAGGAGGAAGCCGACAGCUUCAACCAGAAAAUGGUCCAGCUGAAGGAGGACCAGCAGAGGGCGCUCCUGAGGCGAGAGUUUGAACUGCAGAGCCUGAGCCUGCAGCGGCGGCUGGAGCAGAAGUUCUGGAGCCAGGAGAAGAACAUGCUGGUGCAGGAGUCCCAGCAGUUCAAGCACAACUUCCUGCUGCUCUUCAUGAAGCUCAGGUGGUUCCUCAAGCGCUGGCGGCAGGGCAAGGUUUUGCCCAGCGAGAGGGACGACUUCCUGGAGGUGAGCAGCAUGAAGGAGCUGUACCUGCUCAUGGAGGAGGAGGAGCUGAGUGCCCAGCACCCUGAUAACAAGACCUGCACAGGGGACGGCUGGACCCAAAACACGCCCAACGAGUACAUCAAGACGCUGGCCGACAUGAAGGUGACGCUGAAGGAGCUGUGCUGGCUGCUCCGGGACGAGCGCCAGGGCCUGACGGAGCUGCAGCAGCAGUUUGCCAAGGCCAAGGCCACCUGGGAGACGGAGCGGGCAGAGCUCAGGAGCCACACGGCCCAGGCGGAGCUGAAGGCCGGGAAGGGGCCCGGGGAGCGGGCGGGGCCCGACUGGAAGGCCGCCCUGCAGCGGGAGCGAGAGGAGCAGCAGCACCUCCUGGCCGAGUCCUACAGCGCCGUCAUGGAGCUCACGCGGCAGCUGCAGAUCAGCGAGCACAACUGGAGCCAGGAGAAGCUGCAGCUGGUGGAGCGGCUGCAGAGCGAGAAGCAGCAGGUGGAGCAGCAAGUGAAGGAGCUGCAGAACCGCCUGAGCCAGCUGCAGAAGGCCGCGGACCCCUGGGCCCUGAAGCAUGCCGAUCUGGAGAAGCAGGACAACAGCUGGAAAGAGGCGCACAAUGAGAAGGUUCACGACAAGGAGGCUGCUGCCGAAGCUGAGCUUGGAGGAAGCGGUUUAAAGAGGACCAAAUCGGUGUCUUCCAUGUCUGAGUUUGAAAGUUUGCUGGACUGUUCCCCCUACCUGGCUGGUGAGCCCUCGCGGGGCAAGAAGCCGCCCAGUGGCCCUGCCUUCCCCUUUGUGGGCAGCCAGCCCGUGGACCCAGAGAAGGAGGCCGCAGAGCAGCGCGCGCGCCCGGCCCGGGACUGCCACCGAGCGGGCUGCCAGGAGCCGGCAGGCAGACAGAUGCAGCGCAGCUACACGGCGCCUGACAAGACCGGCAUCCGCGUCUACUACAGCCCCCCGGUGGCCCGGCGCCUGGGUGUGCCCGUCGUCCACAACCGGGAGGGCAAGAUCCUCAUCGAGCCAGGCUUCCUCUUCACCACAGCCAAGCCCAAAGAGUCCGCCGAGGCCGACGGGCUGGCCGAGAGCUCCUACGGCCGGUGGCUCUGCAACUUUUCCCGGCAGCGCCUGGAUGGGGGCUCCAGUAGCAGCCCGGCCGCCUCGGGCCCCGGCUUCCCUGCGGCCCUGCACGACUUUGAGAUCUCGGGCAACAUGAGCGACGACAUGAAGGAGAUCACCAACUGCGUGCGCCAGGCCAUGCGCUCGGGCUCGCUGGAGAGGAAGGUCAAGAGCACGUCCAGCCAGACGGUGGGGCUGGCCAGUGUGGGCACGCAGACCAUCCGCACGGUCAGCGUGGGCCUGCAGACCGACCCGCCCCGCAGCGGGCUGCACAGCAAGGGCUGGUCACCGCGCGGCAAGCAGCUCUCGUCCUCCCUGGACAAGGUGCACGCGCGCAUCGAGCGGCCCUGCUGCUCCCCCAAGUACGGCUCGCCCAAGCUCCAGAGACGCUCGGUGUCCAAGCUGGACGGCGCCAAGGACCGCAGCCUGUGGAACCUGCACCAGGGCAAGCAGAAUGGCUCGGCCUGGGCGCGCUCCACCACCACCCGGGACAGCCCCGUGCUGCGGAACAUCAACGACGGCCUCUCCAGCCUCUUCAGCGUGGUGGAGCACUCGGGGAGCACGGAGUCAGUCUGGAAACUGGGCAUGUCCGAGGCGCGGCCCAAGCCCGAGCCUCCCAAGUAUGGCCUUGUGCAAGAGUUCUUCCGCAACGUGUGCGGACGCGCCCCGAGCCCCACCUCGGCCGCCGGGGAGGAGGGCGCCAAGAAGCCGGAGCCCCUGUCUCCCGCCAGCUACCAUCAGCCCGAGAGCGUGGCCAGGAUCCUGAACAAGAAGGCGGCCAAGUGCGGCGGCAGUGAGGAGGCCCGACUAGCCGGGCUGCCGCAGGUAGGGAAGGAUGGCAUCCCCCGGGAGGCAGACGGCCCCACGGUUCUCCCCAAUGAGGACGCCGUCUGUGACUGCAGUGCCCAGUCUCUGGCCUCCUGCUUCGCACGGCCCUCCCGUUCCGCCAUCGUCCGCCACUCUCCUUCCAAGUGCCGGCUCCACGCUGCGGAGUCAGGCUGGUGCGGGGAGGAGAGGGCUGCCCCGCCCAGUGACUGACGGCGCGGGAGGCACCCUGCCCUCAACCAGCCCUGGCCCCGGCAGAGAGGAGAGGAGGCCGGGCACCUGGCCCUCCGCGUUGAUGCGCUCCAGAGGGACAGCAGCUAACCCCCCUGCCAGGCUGCAGCCCCCUCCCCCUUCCAGGGACCACGGGGACUCCUGCUGGCCACAGGGAGGGGAGCUCUGACUUCCAGGGGAACCAGCCGGCCCGCGGGAGAAAGGCAGAACUGCACAUCGGAGCCCCACGGAGAGAGCGUGGAGAACCCAGUCGCUGGAGCUGCUCCCGGGUGCUCGGGGAGCACCCCUGUCCUGGGACCCCCCACACUCCCGUGCCCACAUUUCGGAAGAGUCGAAGAAAGGAUACACCCAGAGAAGUUCCCUGCCAGCCAUACGCCCUUUCAUGGGGGAAAGACACCCAUGGAAACAGGUUUGCUUCCGGACUCUGCUCAGGGGACCUGGUGCGCACCCCUGACCCCUGGACCCCCAACACCGCCUCUCCCCGCAUCGCUGCUCCGGGCGGCCAUGCUUUGGGAGGCAUGAUAGGGCUGUCGCCGGGGCCUGUGUCUGCUUGGAGCCCUGGAUCUCCCUGCCCGCGGCCCGGAUGCAGCAGAGACCGGACACCUGGAGCUCAGGGUGGAGGACCUGUGGGGCUGCCCCCACAUCAUGUGACUCGGGGUCCUGACCUUGCCAGGAGCCCCAGGAGCAGAACUAGGCAGUUGGCCUCCAGGCUCGGGCGCUGUGGGCACCUCUCCCUGCCCCUGGCAGGGGCCACUCCCCAUCCAGUUUACUUCCUGCAGUGGGUGCAAGGCAGAAGAAACCCCCUCACUAAGAGGCCCCCCACGUGGGCCAUGCUGGGCCAAGGAGUGGCCCAGGAGGCCAGGGCCCAGGACACAGCAGGAGACAGGGACCCGGGAACAUAUUUCUUGCCUAGUUUUGUUUUUUUCAUUUGAAGUUUUUUAAUAUAAAUAUUAAGGUGGGUUUACUUUAUUUUAAUAAUUUAAUUUACCCCCAAAAUUCCCUCAAGUAAUUUAUUGGCACUUGGGACAUGUUUCUUGCCACUGGGAGAACGCAAGGCUCCUGACGCCACGGACAGUCACGGGACCCCCGUGAGAACACAGUGGCUCACCCCCGGCCGCAGGCUCUGCUCCGGUCAGAUCUGGGGAAGCCGCUUGCCCAGAAGCACUGGGGCCCACAGCUGGUCAGGGUACAGGCCUCAGCACUGCCUUUCACUCAACACCUGCUGCUCGACCGGCCCCCAGAGGGCAGCGGGCAGCACUGACGUCACCCCUUCUGGAACAUUCUCCAUCAUGUCCCUUCUCCUUCCCUCCCUCUCUGCGUUGCCUUUCUUCUUCUUUUUUAACAAACAAAUGCGUCAUGCAGAUUGCUGAGGCUGCUUUCUCACGGGCCUGCAGCACCCUUCCAGCUCCCCAAGCGAGGCUUGGGGGACAGUCCAGAGAAAGAUGCUGUUGCACUUUGCACAGGAGUGUCUGCAGCCCCCGCCGCCUCCUCCGGCCUCUCCCCGCUCUUCUCACCCCGCCCCCCCCCGCCCCUGCCCGGGACUCCCCCGCAUUGGGAGGUCACCUGGACCAACUCCCCAGAGUCUUUCUCUUCAGUCCCUCUCUGCCGAACGUUGGGUCACGUCACUGCCACUGCCACCAGCCACUUGCUUGUGACCCAGAGACCGGGCAGGGCCGCCGCUGUGGGCCUGUUCCUGCUGCAGCGCGGCCGCCCUCGCCCGAGAGACCAGGGCCGCCUCCUGGCUCCCGUGAGGGGCGCACUCCAGACUACAAGCCACCAGCCGCCUUCUGCCACCUCUGGCUCCCAGGGAGAAACCCUCGGGAGCCCUGGACCCCGUGUGGCCUUACCAUCCUCCUUGUCCCAGGCUGCCGUGUUCGUCCGUGUUGUCUCGGCACCGGGGCCCCGUUCCGGGUCUCCCAACCUCUGCCACUGUCCAAGCUCCCUCGCUCGCCGCGUGCCCGGAGACGCCUCUAGACGUGGGGCUGGACGGGCCGCACCGUGUUCCCUGUAAAUAUUGGUUUGGUUUGGUUUUUAGCAUUUUAAGUAGUCAGCGGUUGUGUUUUCUUUGAGGGAGGGGGCGGUUGGGAGGGGUUGGUUUGUAAAAAUCCUGCUCUUUUCAGAAUGUAAUUUCUAAGUUUGUUUCUUCAAAUGCCUUUUAUGUCUCAGUAACAUUCCCAAAGCAGAAAACUGCCUGACCCACAGUGGGGCGGCACCGCGGAGCCCUGGCCCCCAGGAGGGAUCGCUGUCCUUCCCUCUCCCCUCCGCCCGUCUCCCUCUGCUCCCCUCAGCUGAGAGCCCUGAGGCCCUGCGACCCCAGAGGUCUCUAGGCUUGGAUCCUGGUGUCGGCACCAUCUGGCUGGGAGGAGGUGGGGGACGGGCUGGGUGUCGUGUCUGUAUCUGAAGUGGAAACCAAAGCACUUGGUGGCUUUUAGACGCUGCCGGUUAGAUGCUUUUAGAUCAGCCCUGAGGACCUGGUCCCCGUGUCUCCCAGCUGCCCUUUUUUGCCCUCUCCCAGCCCCCAGCAGUCCCCCGACCACACCCAAAGGCAAACUGACUUAAAAUCCCCUCCAGGGGCUGACUCUCUGGGCUGUCCCUUCCUUGGUCCUCUGGGUGGCAGGGCUGAGGGCGCAGAGCAACCUCUCCUGGCCCCAGACUCCUGCUCUGUUCUGUUCUGUCACAGGCCCCUGGUCUUUCCUCGGCUGCCACAGCCUGUCUCCGCCCCUCCUGAUUUCCAGGUCGUCCCUGUCUCCCCCCUCCUGUGCACCAUGCCUCCUCUCAGCUUCACCAGCGACCCCCCUCCCCCAGCUUCCAUCACCACAUCUCACUCCUCCGCACUCCACCCUCCAUCCCUCCUUGAGCACUUUGCUAUUGAGAACUCACCCCCAGGCCGUGCUCUCCUACAACCCCUAGGAGAGCCUGGGCAGGACUGUGGGAAGAGGGACCAGGGUCUCCCACUUUGCAAAUUGGAAAACAGAGUCAUGUAGCUGGGAAGGCAGAAUCGACACUAGAGCUUGGGGCCCCUGGCUGGGUAGCUAGAAGACCCCAUUGUAUGCCAGUGCCCGACUCAAAUCCAAACUUGGUCUGCUCUGAGUCAGCAGAAUUGUGUCCCGAGAGUCUGGGACCCCCUCAUCAGAAUCCUGAGGGCUUCCAGAACAUCCCACACAGCGCUGACCAUCUUCCAUCGUAUUUUUGUUUGUUUGUUUAUUUGAGGGGCCACACCCAGCCCACAGAGCAUCUCUACUGCCCACAGGACAUUUUUUAAAAAGUCAAUCUUAAAGCGGAGUGCUGAGCUGGGAAUUAGAGUCUUGGUCCUCACCUAGCUACAAUUUGGUUUAAUUAUCCUGAAAAUAUCAAAUAUUGUCUUAAAAAGCAUCAGAGGCAUCUAACCGCCUUCAUCAUGAGAUAGUGAAGAGAGUCUUCAUGACUCUUGGUUCAGUGAAACAAGAGAAAUCGAUACAACCCAAAACAGGAAUGAUCAUUCCCCAAACCUACGUGAUGUCAUUUCCAUAAUCAUGCUACAGAGCCUUUACUCUGGACUUCCUGGCAACUGUGUCAGAAGAUACGUCAGUGAGCUGAGUGCAUUCUUUGGAUGCCAGAGCCCAGAGUCUAAUACCUGGCACCGCAUAGUUUUCCCAAUCACUGAGUUGUAAAAAUUCCUCAGCACCACUGGGCACACAUCUCCUGGCCCCCAGAGAGAGAGAGAGCGCUACGUUAGACUCCAUAAUUCAAUAUGUGUCAUGGGGAGUCAGCAGACUGACCCACACCAGCUUCGAACUACUAAUUUAUAGUGUCUGUCCCUUCUUAAAGACCACCAAACCCAAGGGCUGGAGUGAUAGCACAGCGGGUAGGGCGUUUGCCUUGCAUGCGGCUGACCCGGGUUCGAUUCCCAGCAUCCCAUAUGGUCUCCUGAGCAUGGCCAGGGGUAAUUCCUGAGUGCAGAGCCAGGAGUGACCCCUGAGCAUUGCUGGGUGUGACCCAAAAAGAAAAAAAAAAAAAGACCACUAAACCCAGUGGUGUUUCAUGGGUGAACUAAAGAUGAAUGGAUGUUUUUCAGGUGACUUUUAAAAAUAAAUAACAAAUUGCCACCAUGUGAAUGACCUUGGCCCCAGAUCACCUGGCUCUUCUAUGCCCCAGUUCCCCGGCUACAAGACGGGUCAUACCCUGCCUCUGGCACUGGGGACGGCCAGUGCUCCACAGGGCCCGCAGUCUCCUUCGGAUUCCCUGUGGGCCACAUCACACACACUGACCCCGGCCAGGUCCCGGAGGUCACAGGGUAAUCUGCACCUUUAAGAAAAUUAUCAAGCAGUUAUGCUUAGUAUACAAUAUUUUAAAUUCAUGAUUUACAAUUUAAAUACAAGUUUUGAAAUUUUUUUGAAAAAGCAACUUUUUGUGUUUUUGGGUCAUGCCUGGUGAUGCUCAGGGGUUACUCUUGGCUCUUCACCCAGGAAUUACUCCCCGCGGUGCUUGGGUCCAUAUGGGAUGCUGCAGAUUGAACCUGGGUCGGCCGUGUGCAAGGCAAAAUGCCCUGCCCACUGUAGUAUCGCUCUGACCCCAAAAUUUUAAAAAAAUUUAGUGGCUUGUAUUUGAUAGUUUACUCCAAUCACCAUUACUCCAAUCACUUUAAGUUCUGACCAUCCCAAAGUAAAGCAGCCGACGACACAGUGACCCGGCUUCCGCCCUGCUCCCGGCCUCUGGGCACCUCUCCUGCUUUCCUGCUUUCUGUCUCUGAACUUGCCUGCGAGGUCCCUCCUGGAGGCAGGUCUUAGUGUGUGUCCUUUUGGCUCCCCCAAGCUCCCCCAGUCCCUCCCCCUGACCUUCCUGUCCCUCCCCCUUACCUGCUCACGGGCUCACACCGGGGCUCACACCAGUACCAGGGGCCCUGAGCAGGUAUCCUCUUCUGGACUCCAGGCUUCCUCCCCCAGGACCCAGCACCUCCCUGCCCCUCGGCCCACCCCUGUCUCUCGACCGCUGGGCUUCCCUGUCCUGUUUGCUUUCAAAUUGUUGCUCUUCCCUCCUUUGUUUCUUCCCUGUUCUCUCUCUCUCUAAUGGGUCUGCCCUACUUAGCUCUGUCCAUUGGGCUCCCCCUGGUGACCCACCACCACCACCCAGCCCUGAAACACUGCCCAGUCUCACCUUCUAGCAGCAACUUGUCUUCUGUCACAUCUUGUCUCCUUGUCUUCUAUCCCCCAACUGUCCCCUGGAGCGUGCAUACGGGUGUGUGUGUCUGUGUGUGACUCUGUGUCUUGUGUGUAGGGAGCUUGGAUCCUCUGUGUACCUGUGUGUGUCUGUAUGGCACUUGGGUCCCUCCUUCAUGAUCUUACUUGUAAAGCAGCUGCAGCCUGAUUCGUUCUCCUGGUCAUUCAUUCCUCCAUCUGUCCAUCCAUCCAUCCAUCCAUCCAUCCAUCCAUCCAUCCAUCCAUCCAUCCACCCUCCCAUCCACCCAUCUGUCCGUUCUUUGACAUCUCAUCCCUUCAUUUUGCCUUGGCCCUUCCUGCCUUCUGGAGCCACUCACCCUGCACAGCCUAUAGGUCCUCCUGCCUCUGUCCUCUGCUCCUCUCUGUGGUGUUUUUACAGUUUGCAAAGGCUGCAGGCCCAAGAACCAGAGGGGCCUGGGACAUGCUGGGCCUGGGUCCCUGCUGCUCACCUCCUCCCUCACCAUCCUGGAACCCUCCUCGUCUCACCCAUCAUCCCUCCUCCCCUCCUUCCCCUCCUGGCCUCAAGCAGAGGUGCUUGGGUUUCUGGAAUCCUCCUUGACCAAGGGCCAACGCAGGGACCUGGCUGUACCCCACCUGCCCCUCUCAGCUGCCCCCUGAAGAGCCUGGAGACCUGGGCCCGGUCCAGCAGGUGCCACACUUCUCUCUGAGCUUUCUGAUGAAUUCCAGGAUCAUCCCAUGGGCCUCAGAGUCCUCCCCUCGUAUUUUUGGGGUCCCGCCUCACCAUUCUUUCUCCAUGGGGCCUUCCUGUCCCGACUCCUCUCAGCGGUGCCCCCGGUUUCUGUGCCUUAAUUCAUUUCUCCGCACAGGGGGCUCCCAGCAGCUUCCCCAGUGUUUGGGUGCCAGGCCCUGGUGGCACCCUGGCACAGCCUCAGGCUCCAGUUGCUGAGCUUGAGUUUCUCUCCGAGGCCUCCGCACAGCAGGAGCACCCCUGGGAGCUGUGUCCAUGCGGAGAGUUUUGGCCCAGACCUUGGGAUGUCCCGCAAGGGUGAUUCUGGUAUCUGCAGGUGCUUGUGUAGAUCAGCAGUAGAGUGCCUGGCGAGUGCCAGUUUGGCUGACACCAAGAACUGGUGGAAAACAUACCCAUUUCCAUGAACAAACCACCCCUCCUCCUCUUCCUCUUCCCGGAAGCGGGGCAGCAGGGAGAAGGCUCAGGACAGUUUCCUGCCUUGGCUGGGGUCCGGCUCUUGCUUCUGCCCAGUGUCUGGGUAUUAGCAAGGGAGUGGAGGGGAGUCCAGUGCUCAGACCGUUCUUCCCCGGGCUCAGUCUUCAAGGGAAAGAAACCAGGUCGUCCAGGAUAGAGCUCUAACCCCCAGCCCCUCCCCUCCCCGCCCCGAAUCCCCAGGAGACCUUGCAGCCAAUGCCAAAACGGAAACACGGAAAGCCAGCGCUAUCCCCCAGGAAGCUCUUCUUUCUCCUCUGAUCCCCCUUUCCCAGCCCUGCCAGUACUGUGAGCCCUUCUUCUGCCCAGCUGACUUUCCUCGCGAGGAUCCUGCAGUUGUGAGCCCGAGACGACAGUCUCCUUGGGCCCAGCUGUCCACCUCUCCUGUCCAGAGUUCUCGCCUCCUGUCUUCAAAGGUUCCUUCCCAGGAUGGAUUGGGUGCUAGACCAACCUCGGUCCAAUAUGCCAGCGCUCUCUGCCCCUAUGUCUUAUUUCAGACAGGAGAAUAACUGUACAGUGUAAACUGACAAAACGUUUUUAAUGACUGUAGAUUGAAAAUAAAGUAUGUCAUAUAA